AUGUCUGCCUCUACAAUCCAAGAACUCGACAGGCUCGCCGACCUCAUCCUAGCCACUGAGGAAGCUCUCGGCGCAGAUGCAUCCACUUCGGUGGAUACGCACAUCUCCAAAAUUGUCCGGACUCUCAGCGAGCGUCGCCCGCUGCAGAAGCUUUUCGCGGCGGAACCUCCGUUAGACCAGCCAUACGCCACUUUCGGACGCUCUGGCGCUGGAGAGAAACGUCUCGUCUCUCUACGCACCGCUAUAUCCUGCCUAACAAGCCUAUGCAGACUAGCCAAGUCAUUGAGCUGUUCCGGCUUGUUUCCUUUUGACGCGGACUUCUUGCUGUCGGUCUUCGCCUGGAUAGACUACCUCCUGCCGGUCGGACGAGAGGAAGCUCUUCAGAAUCUUCCGCCCGCCCGUCAGGCUUGGCAUAUCCUGUCCUUCACUCAUACAUGCCUGUCAUUCCUCGAGUCAUUUAUUCAGAACCUUUCGAAGGAACGAAUCUGUGACGUGCUUCUAUCUGGCGAGGAGCGCUUCAUUGCGAUACUCGUUCAGGUUUGGAUGCAUCUGCCGCAAACGCUCGAGCGCGAGGGCGCAAUGCAGGACGAGUCCGCGCAGCGCAUCGCCCUCAUAUCCCGCGCGCUGCUGCCCGACUUCUGCGUCAAAGUGGACGAUGCGCUCCUGCGCGAGCACCUCGUCGCUGAGAUCACACGCGUCGUUCAGCAUCGACCUCGCCGCUACUUCCGGGUGUACACCAGCUGCAUACGGUACUCGCUCGCGCGUCCCAUCACCAUGGACGAGCGGGCCUACUUCGGCAACCUGUUGUUCGCCUUGUUCCGCCACUGCCAUGUACCAGACUUCGGCUCGCCAGGGCGCAUGCCCACUGGUCUCGUCUCUGCACUGAUUGACGUGAUAUAUCCCCCUCACUUUCCGGCUCGCUAUGGCGUCGACACACUUGUCUGGUGCUGUCUGCCAGAACUUGUUUCACGCAGUACUCGCACACUCCGCCAUGCGAUAGAGCACGACUUCUUCUCUUGCCUUUUCCACGUCACUCGUACGGUGAAGGAUGUGGCUGUCCCGCCCGCGCUGUACUCGGCCCUGCAAGAGAUUUCCAAAAAGCCCGGCGUCGUUCGAGCGUUUCAAACUGCGCUGCUCGCCUUCGAGGCCAACCGACCCUCGGAGAAGUAUCCUGAAGAAGUGCAGGCGGUUAUAGACGCCUUCAAGCGCCAGGCUGACUUCUUACAUGGGUCCGCUGAGCUAUGGGACUCGAUGGCGAUUUGCAGUAAUGCAGAGUGUCCUAAUAGCGAUGACGAUGCUCCUCUUAGGGCGUGCGUAUGUGGCGAAGCACUCUAUUGCUCUCGAGAAUGUCAGCGCGCGCACUGGUAUGAUGGCAUGCAUAAGCACGAAUGUCCCAGCUACAACGAUGAAUUCAAUGAGCACGGCACGCUCUCGGCGGCGUGCGUAAUUCAGAUGGUCUGGCGCGCAAGAUACGUCGUCGAAGGGUAUUGCAAGGCAGCGUUGGCAAACCCUGCCGUGCUCAGGCUCCCUCUCUACGUCACGUUGGAAUGGCGCGAUCACCCGGAGAAGCAUCUGCAAAUCCAUGUCCGCGAGGACUACGAAAUACCUGAGGAGUGCAUCUCAACUCCGCAGCCUAUUAUCGUGGAUUUCUCCUUCGAUCAGGGUGGAGAGAUGCGCGAGCGCCGGCUAGAAUUCUUCCUCGGGGGAUUUGCGGGGCGUAUACGGAUGCCCUUCCGGCUCCUGACCCAGGCUUUCAUUUAUCCCGAAGGCGCCGAUACGCCCCCGUGUCUUCCAGACCUUACGAAGAGAGAGCGCUUAUUUGGGCGUCAGGGAGCAUGCGAAACACUCGAAUAUCACGAUUACGCCACCUCUGUAUACACAAGCGGCGAGGAUGAAUGGACUACGGAGGAAUCAGUAUGAAGGCGAGGCGCCUGGGAAGGUCACUUGCGGUGUUCUUCAUCGAGGUUAUCUCUAUCGCCGUAUGUCUCUAUCGCGCGUGACGUCGAA